AUGAAGUUUACCGCCGCCCUCUUUACCGCCGUCCUCGGCGCCGCCGCUAUCCAGGCUUUGCCCACGGAAGCUCAAGCUACGCCUCCGUCUCCGCCUCCAGCUGAUCCACCUGUCACAAUUCCCCCCGGCGAGGUUCCUCCUCCCCCGGGCAAUCCCUCCCCAGCCGAUCCUCCUCUGGCCAAUCCUCCUCCGGCAUCUUCGCUUGGUCAAGGGUCUGCAGGCCAAGGUUAUCCUGACCAGGGUCAGCCAGGUCAAGCACCUCCAGUCUACAAACCUGCUCCUCCACCACCGGCCUAUCCAACUGCUCAACCACCUCCAAGCUAUCCACCUGCCGAAGCACCUCCGGUCUACCCACCUGCUGAAGCGCCCUCGUACCCGCCUGCUCCGGCUCCAUCUGUCUACCCUUCUGGCCAGGCUCCUCCUGCUCCCUCGUAUGCUGAGCCUCCCUCUGUCUAUGUACCCGGGAAUCCCAAGCCAGUUUACGGGAACAAGGAACUCCGCCCCGGUCUUCCUCCCUGUGGCGGCUUCGAUUUGGACCUUGACUCGAGCCGCACCUGUCCCCAAAACGACUUCACGAACUGGGCGGGCGGUCUGAUGACUGGACGCGGACAACCCAAAUCUGUCAUGGGAACCAUCAUCAUUCCUCCCGUAAAGUGCAACGGCCAUCACUGCAAAGCCGGGACCAUUGGCUCGGCAUGGUUGCGCAUCGAUCGCGAGGUGUACGGAGGGCAGCCGUACCCGGACAGCAUCCUGCAAGCUGGCGUCGGAAUGUGUUUGGAUGGUGGUGUGCCGACAUAUGUGGCGUGGGUCAAGGGUGCCACAUUGGAGGCCUGGGACUUGCUACAUGACAUGUGGGAAGGUGAUGCCAUCACGUUGAAGUUGGAGGCGUCCUCGCGCUUCGACGCGUCUGUCACCUUCACGACAAAGAACGGGUGCUCCGUGGCCUCUAUCAAGGAUCAGCCUCAAGUUAGCGGGGGCGGACCGGGCGCGGGCGCUGCCGGUGGUGCUGACUCUGGAACUGCUGGCAGUGAUGGUGGUGCGGGUAGUGACGGCGCUGGUGGCCGCGCCGGAGGUGGCGCUGGCGGUGGUGAGGGUGCGGGCAGAGACUCCUCGUGA